AUGGAUAGGACAUCUGGGAAAACAUCAACGCUCUCGGCAAAGCAGCCUCAAGGCGAUACUUUCAACCACAUCACAUUUUACAUGGACAACAGCCCUCAGGAGAACUCUCUGCCAAUGAAUAGCGAACUUGCUGGCGGGGAUGAUGUCGAUGAACAAGAAGAUAAAGAUGAACACCAAGAUAACGCUGUUCCCAUGGAGCCAAGCAGCAGCAACGACAAUUCGUUAGUGAGCGUCGCUGGAAGUACUCUCGAGAAGUUGGCUGGAUUCGCCAUGGCAACUUCAGACUCGAGAAUUAAUCACCAUGGAAAUGACGACGUGGAGACGGAGAUCUACCUAGACGACAGUGAAACCGACCACUAUUCCUCAAUUCAACCAGCGUCCGCAACUACACCUAUGAAGGACCAAGACCCAUCCUCCUCUCCCCCUGUCGCACAAAUAAUGCAAGAACAGGGAGCGAAUCAAAGCAAUACAACACUAUUACCGCCGAUGGCUGCCACGAGCGCGAGCGUGGCCCUUCCCCUCGCCCCUGUAGUCCAUUCUGAUGGUACGGCGAAUAACUUUGAGAGCCCUAUGGCGUCAGCAGAGGAAAAAGCUCCCUCUACGCCCCCCACAUCAACAAUAGCAACGGGAGUGUCCACUUCUUCUGCCUCGCCGGAUAUCGAUGCGUCCAAGGACAUCCUGACUGAAGGGCAAGCCUUUGCCUAUGUCGGCCUCUGCCUCGUUACCGCCAACACGCUCUUCCAGGCUCUCGAAGGCACCGAAACGGCCCACGCGAAGGAGAGUCUUGAGAGCUUUGUCUCAAAGCUCAUCAACCGUCUCUACAGACAUCUAGACAUCGAUACCAACACGCAAAAGACCAUCGCUCAGUUGCCCCAGAUGAUGAUCCAACCCCAGGACCUGCUCGAGACCUUCGUAGCCGACGGCACCCAGCGUAUUGUCUCAUCUCAGCAAGUCGACCAGGCCGACUUCUCCCAAAGCGGAUCUUCAUCACCUGUACUUUCCAGACACUCCACCUCAUCUCAACGAAGUGACAAUUCUGCAGGCGGAUCGACACUGGAAACCUCAUCUGUCGAUUCUGUAAACAAGUCGGUCUGGCAACAGCGCGAUACCUCAAACAGCUCAUCGUCAACGCUGGUCAGUGAAACCCCUCUAAGCCCGCGGCUAUCAACCAGCAGCCAAAAGCCCAUCACCGUAGACCUGCGCUGGACCCUGAUCGCAGACUUGUUCCUGAUUUCUAUUUCGGAUUCCGUUUAUGACGCCCGGGCCCGUGUUUUACUCAAAACUGUGGGCCAACACCUUGGACUUGACUGGAACGAGAUCGUCCUCUUUGAAAAAGGCAUCAUGAAGCAAUUGCAGUCGACAACAAAUGAUGGUCUUCUGAAGCCUGAUACGAAAUCCAGGAACGACGAGUCCAGGAAGAGAAGAAUGAUCAUGAUGGGUCUGGCCACCGUAGGUGGAGGAUUGGUUCUAGGACUCUCCGCUGGAUUGUUCGCUCCUGUCAUUGGUGCGGGUAUUGGAGCAGCGUUGGCAGGCGCACAUAUCACAGGUGCAACAGCAACAGCAGCAUCAGCCUUCUUGGCUGGCAGCGGAGGCAUCGCUGUGAUUACAAGCGGAGCAGCAGUGACAGGGUCUGGUCUUGCCAUGAAGAAAAUGGCACGACGAACUGCAGGCAUUGACACGUUCGAAUUCUUGAGCAUUCACGAUCACAAGAGAGUCAAUGUCAUCUUGACGAUUUCUGGGUGGCUGGACAUUGGCGAGGAAGACGCGUCUCUGCCCUUUUCGACUCUGGACCCUGUCAACGGCGACCACUUUUCGCUUCUCUGGGAACCGGAGAUGUUAAUGCAGUUGGGUAAUGCUCUGGGAUUGCUGGCUACCGAAGUAAUUACUUUAACUGCGCAGGAGAUUUUAAAGCAUACUCUUCUGUCGGCAUUGCUCUCGGCCCUGGCUUGGCCCAUGGCCUUGACCCGACUGGGUUACUUGAUCGAUAACCCUUGGAGUAUUGCACUCGAUCGCGCCAAGCUGGCUGGCCUUGUCUUGGCGGAUUCCUUGUUAAUGCGGUCCUAUCUUGGCUUCAGGCCCGUGACUUUGGUCGGAUACAGUCUGGGUGCACGGGUGAUUUUCUACUGUUUAUUGGAGUUGGGUCGACUGGAUGCAUACGGAAUUGUCGAGAAUGCAUACUUGUUUGGAGCACCUGUUACUGCAUCUGAAAUUCAGUGGCGCCAAGCUCGGAGUGCCAUUGCUGGCGAAUUUGUCAAUGGUUACCUCCGCAAUGACUGGGUGCUCGGUUUUCUAUUCCGUGCGACCACAGGUGGACUGGGCACAGUAGCAGGGCUUCGACCUUUGAAGAACGUGCCGGGUUUGGCUAACAUGGAUCUGACAUCGCAUGUGGAAGGCCAUCUGGACUAUCGUGUUAAGGUCCCAUUGUUAAUGAAGCUGAUGGGCCUCAAGAUCACGUCCGAGUCAUUCCUGGACAAGGAGGAAGCGAUCCUAUAUCAGCGAUCUCUGAAGAUCAACCCGAACGAGGUGUUAAAGGCCCCAAAGCCCCAGAUGCCGUCCAAAGCUGAGCUUGCCAAGUCAGGAACAUUGACAGAGGACGAGAAGAUGCAGCUCGAGAUUGCGUUCCGGAGACCAGCGCCCAAGGCCAAAAUACCCGACCUAGACUCACUCAAGGGACUAACAGCGGAGGAGAAGGAAGUUCUGCGGGAGGUACUGAUGGGCGCAGCAGCAGUCUCAGGACCUCAGUCGCCUGCGGAGUCAUCCCAAAGGCGCAGGUGA